CAUGGCAAGCCGCAGCGAGCAGUCACGGAGCCGGCAGGCGCAGGACCGACACUAACCAGUGCGAGCGCUUCCGCCAGCUGUUCGCUACCACCCUCUCUUUCAUCGCAUCUAGACUAUUUGAAGUGGCGGAAAAGAGAAGAAGAGGGACGCGGAAGGAUGGAGAUAGAGAAGCGGGCGAAUGGGUUCGACUACCCGGAGAGAAACAACGCCAAGUCCGUUACCGGCUUUUAUGGGGAGCCCACAUUGGAAGCUGAACAGAAUGACAGCAUGGAUGACCCAGCUGAGCAGCGCACCUGCCUCAUCUGUGGCGACCGAGCCACCGGCCUGCACUACGGCAUCAUCUCCUGCGAGGGCUGCAAGGGCUUCUUCAAGCGCAGCAUCUGCAACAAGCGCGUGUAUCGAUGCAGCAGGGACAAGAACUGCGAGAUGUCGCGCAAGCAGCGCAACCGCUGCCAGUAUUGCCGCCUGCUCAAGUGUCUCCAAAUGGGGAUGAACCGCAAAGCAAUCAGAGAGGACGGCAUGCCGGGAGGGAGGAACAAAAGCAUCGGGCCCGUUCAGAUCACGGAGGAGGAGAUCGAGCGCAUCAUGUCCGGCCAGGAGUUCAAAGAAGACGCCCCGGAGCACACCUGGGGCAACAACGGCGACAGCGACCACAGCUCUCCCAGCAACGGAGCCUCCGAGGGCAACCAGCCGUCACCCGUCUCCACGCUGUCCUCCAAUCGCUCCAUGGAAAUGAACGGCUACACGGCGGCCCUCAGGGACCAGUACAUCAACACCUCCAUGUCGACGCACUACCAGCUGUUGCCGCAUCUCUUCAGCUACGCUGCCCAGUCCGGCCUGCUGGCCCCCCAGCCCCGCAGCUUGUACCCGCAGUCCCACCCACUGGUGCUUCAGCUGGUUGCAGCGGAAGACCUGGCGCCGCUGGCCACCCCCAUGCUCAUAGAAGAUGGCUACAAGGUGACACAGGUGGAGCUGUUCGCCCUGCUGUGUCGUCUGGCAGACGAGCUGCUGUUCCGCCAGAUCUCGUGGAUCAAGAAGUUGCCUUUCUUCUGUGAACUCUCCAUCGAGGACUACACCUGCCUGCUCAGCUCCACCUGGCAGGAGCUCAUCCUGCUCUCCUGCCUCACCAUCUACAGCGCCCAGAUCUUUGGCGACUUGGCUGACGUCACCGCCAAGUACACGCCCUCGGACGAUGAGCUGCAGGGUUUCAGCGAGGACGGCAUGGAGGUGAUGGAGAGGCUCAUAUAUCUGUUUCGUAAAUUCCACCAGUUGAAGAUCAGCAAUGAAGAGUACGCCUGCAUGAAAGCCAUCAACUUCCUAAAUCAAGAUAUCAGAGGACUGUCCAACAUCUCUCAGCUCGAGCAGCUGAACAAGCGCUACUGGUACGUGUGCCAGGAUUAUACCGAGUAUAAGUACCCGCACCAGCCCAAGCGCUUCCCUGAGAUCAUGAUGUGUCUGCCAGAGAUCCGCUGUAUAGCAGGGAAGCUGGUCAACGUCCCACUUGAGCAGCUCCCUCUCUUGUUCAAAGCAGUCUUGCACUCCUGCAAAUCAAGCCUGACCAGCUACAGGACUGGCCCGUCACCCUGCGUGACCGCCUCCUCGGGAAACUAGAGGCCGCCCUGACCCCCCCCCCCCCCUCCCCCCUUCCCCCCCUACGGCGAGGGACCGGUCACCCCUCCUUGUGAAUGUGACAAGCAGCUAGAUUGUUUUCUUUGUUCUAUUUAUUACACGACAGAGCUGAAUGUAUGCUGAUUUACACUGUGCACAUGCUUCUGUACAAAACAAAUGCUCGUAGAUGCAUUGGUCUUUGGAGUUUACAAGUGUGUAUCCAGUUUUGCUCGACGUGUCAAGUGUUGCCAUUGCUAGAGCUAGACUUGAAGAAGAAAAAAAAAAAAAAAAAAGAGUUUAUUUUAUUCAGACGGGGGCGGAUAGACGCGAGUGUUUUUAGACUACCUCAGGAAGAUGUUGUUGCUAUUUUUGUGGUGUUGAUGAAGAGUUGCCCAGUCUAACACAAAAUCCCAGCGGAUGCCUCGGGUCACGGUGUUUUUAACGACACCGAACGUAGAAAAUCCAGCGACUUUACCUGCUUGGACUUUUCGGACAUUCCGCUUACGGGAGGCGGUCUUGUCAGUGUAACAUUCCACGAGUUAAGGUGACGGCUAUUUGGAUCUUUGCGAUCCUCGGAAAAAGGAGUAUACGGGUAUUUUUUACAAUCGUAGACUGGGGAUGUACGGUUUUAUUGCUAGGGUAUGGGAGGGUAUCUAGGUUUGUUGUAUUGUUUUUGACCAAAGUGUUAUGCAAUGCUUUUUGUUUUUGAGGUUUUUUUCUCCCCUCCUCCAAAUGCCCUUUUACGGGCACGACUAAAACGAAAAUCUUGUCGUUGAAGGAUCGGGGAUAAGAAACGAAUCGGUCUCCCGUCAGAGGGAGACCUCGCCAGACGUCCCUCAGGGGGGAAUGCUGCUAAACCUGCGCGCGUGUUUACAUUCAGCAGGCGUGGUUCUGGGCUAGCUGGCUCAUAUCGACCGUCAUGGCCUAGUCCAGACACGGGGAUGUCGGACUUUUUAUUUUUAUUUUUUAUUACUAGGUCCCGCCAGGUCCAAUCAUGCUUUUGCACAGACCGAGAAGCAGAUUUAGGUGAGACCUGACCUGAACGCUGUCUCGGGUUGUGAGUUUUAAUCGGGAGCGCUGACUCCACGGACGAAAGCGAGUACUGUAACGUCAGCAGAUAAUCAGCUGGGUGAGAUUGAUGCAUUUUUGGUGACUUGACCUCUGGUGCUUGCUCUCUGUGACAAAUAUGCACAUUGUUGUAGAACAUGGUCCUUUAUCUUUGGACUACCAGACGAUCGACGUCAAAGUAUCGUCUUUGAUUCCUCAAGUUUUUUUUGUUUUUAUGAUCCGCUCGGACCGUUAGAAAUGCAGACAAAAAUGCAGUCGUUGCAAGGACUCUCGUUUUUGCACACGGACGGUGAGGUUCAGAGACCGUGAGCCACGGCCCACCCGCUGUGUUCCGCUCUCAGGCCCGCCCGGCCUGGAUGGAAACAGGGUAUAAAGUGAGUGUUAAGUUCUGC